ACAGCUGUUCGCUCUGCGUUUAUUUGACACCAGAGGGCUUUGCUUUAAGAGUACUCGCAUGCGACUCAUUCUUCAGGAAUAACGGCGAUAGAUCCUUCAGAAAUUUUGAUUGUCUAGUGGUAUUGGUUUUCACCUUUCAGACCUGUGGGGCAAAUGUAACAGUUGAAGACGAAGGAAAACUCAUUGGCGAAAUUGCAAAUUUAGUUGAAACCGUUAGGUUCUUACGGUUGGUCGAGGGGAAAACGAAAUCUCUGUGACAUCGUUUGUUGGUGCCUGCAUGAAACUGUCGUAGCGAGUUUUUUGUUUUUCAAUAAAAAUCGAUGACCCAUCAUGUUGGCCAGCAGUAAAAUUUUACCUCUCAAUGUUGAUGUGGAAACUGGUAAUCACACAGUGAACAGUGAAACUGACAUACUCUCGACUAGUUCUCCCAAAUGCCACUCCUUGGUGCACACUGUUCACCAACCUAGGACAAGGAAUCUGCACCACCAUGCAAGGGGAAAUAAAAAGAUGCCUCCAAAGAGUCCAGAUCUGAUAGAACUCUCUGAUGCAGGCCAGUCACCAGUUUCGGUACUAGAAGAUGACAGCAGCCCAGGUGUGACAACUGAUGCUGAUAGUGAAGAUCCUUCUUACUGUGAUACAGAAUCUCCUACACCAACUAAUAGUGCUGUAACUAUCGACCCUAAAAACUACUGGCAAGGAGCAGAAGAGCAUAGGGAGUUGUUAGCAACAGAAGGUGAAGAAGAAGAUGAUGAUGAAGAACAAGUUGAUCAAGAUGACCAACGAGACAUAGAAUUGGUAGAUAUCAACAGUUCUGAUUCUGAAGUAGGAACUUCAAAUAAUCCAAGUAGUGAUUCUGAUGGUGGCAAUCUCUCUUACUCAAAUGAUGUAGAUGACAUUGAUGAAGAAGAAUUGUGGAAAAUAAAUCCUGACCAGUUAUCCUAUUACAAAGUUCAGUUCAAGACACUUCAAACUGACCCAAAUGGACUAAUUGGAGGUUCUCAAGCCAAGCAAUUCUUUGAAAAGUCCCGAUUGCCAACCGCGGAACUCUCUCAUAUUUGGCAACUCAGUGAUGUGACCAAGGAUGGGGCUCUGUCUUUAAGUGAAUUUUGCACUGCUAUGCAUUUGGUGGUAUUGCGAAGGAACAAAAUUAUGUUGCCCAAGCAGUUGCCUCCAGCAUUAGAUCCAUUGCAAAUGUUUGAAGCUUCACCGCAACCAUCUCUGUCGUCAGCCGUUUCGACUGUGGCAACUACAAUCAAUGAUAAAGAUCCGCAGAAUACCCAAGGGAAACCCUCCUCAUCUAGCCUACAAUCUGCUGUCGAUGGUUCUGGCACUGCUCAGCAUUGGACCAAAUUUGUCGACUCCCCUACAGGAUCGGUGGCAUCCCCCGGUCCCCAACCAGUGAAUUUUGAUUUCAAACGAGCCCAAGUCCAAGUGGAACAGGAUCCACGAAUUCUCCACCCAGUCGCCUUACGGUUAACGCCCGAGUCACAACAAUUGUCAGAAAUAGGCCCUUCUUCAGGCGCCGUUUCCCUGCCCCAAACUUCGACUGUUAAUUCCCUAGGAAACAACUUGACUAGCCACGUGACUUCUAUCCCUUCUGCAGCUUCAAUUGCUAGCUCAUCGGUGGGCAAGAAGGAACCACCACCUCCUCCUCCACCUCGACCGUACAGAGGACACGCCAGGAGUUCCUCGUUGGAUCUCAACCAACUUGGUCGCAAUACCGGACUGAAUUCUGCGGCACCUCCCGCCGUUCCUCCUCGUGUCUCUCCCAGUAUGGGCUCCCCAAGGAAAGAAAAUGAGUCAAGCAAUCAAAGUACUGGUGGUGGGGCAUUCCAAGUUUAUCGGAGACCCACCGGGCCAAUCGCCGUUCCUGUUGUCAGCACUUGCGCAACUCCGGAAAAGAAACCCGCUGUAUUAUCCAAUACCACCUCGACGGCUACCAAAAGCCUGACUUCGGUCAUCGAGGAUCACCAACGGCGGGGUGAAGUUCUCCGGAAACAGCAACAAAUCUUGACCAAGCAGCUGUUUGACAUCCAGGAAGAGAAAAAUCACCUUGAGCUCCGUCUACAAAAACUGCACGUAUCCGAUUCUCAGUGUUAGAUGAUUUCAACCGAACGAACUGCCAGUGCUUUAUUGUCGACCGGGAGGCUAGGUGUUGUGAGGUUGGUGAAGUAUCAAGCCAAAGUCAACGAGUGUGAACGGUUUUUUCUCUCUCUCGCUUUUCCCCAAGCGGCUAUUUUUUUACCACAUUAGCAUUCUAUGGAGCUGAAGUUAAAAAGAGAAAUUGGCAGCUUCUGUGUUCUCUGACGAAGGAAGUGGAAAAAGAAUUGAAAUAUGUAAUUGUUAGUUUGUUAUCCCUUUUUUCCUAGUUUGUUAUUUUUGAAGAUAUGCUUCCGUCGUCUUCUUUUCUUGAUUAAAAUUUUUUCGCUCUUUCGUCCACUCUCUUGCACAUGUGUCGGGAACAUUGUGGAUUACGGUAUUCGCACACACACCUCUCAUCCACCUCUCGGUCAUAUUAUAUCUAAAUCUCUCCUAAAUGUACAUUUAAUUAUUCCACCCGUUGCCUCCCCGCCAGCCCUUUUCCUUGCUUCCCCUUCACCAUGCCAUCAAACGACUGGCUAUAAUAAAUCAAAUAACCAAUG